CGUCAUGAGCGUCUUACUACCCAACAUGGCGGACUUUGACACCAUUUAUGAGUUAGACGAAGAAGAUCAGCGUAUAGUGAGUGAAGAACACCUGACCAGAUAUUGCCUAGAACCUGUGAUUAUGCGUGGGGCCGGGCACAUCACAGUGUUUGGAUUGAGCAACAAAUUUGAUAAUGAGUUUCCCUCGGUUCUUACAGGAAAGGUGGCCCCAGAAGAGUUCAAGACAAGCAUCAGCAGAAUUAACGCUUGCUUGAAGAAGAACCUGCCUGUCAAUGUGAAGUGGCUUCUAUGUGGCUGUCUGUGCUGCUGCUGUACAGUGGGCUGCAGUCUGUGGCCCGUCAUCUGCCUCAACAAGAGAACAAGAAGAUCAAUUCAAAAGCUCUUAGAAUGGGAAAAUAAUCGGUUAUAUCACAAGCUCGGCCUGCAUUGGAAACUCAGCAAAAGGAAAUGUGAAAGCAGUAACAUGAUGGAAUACGUAAUUCUUAUAGAAUUCUUACCAAAAUAUCCAAUAUUUCGACCAGACUGAGAAGGUUGCUUGAAGUAUGGCCCUAGACGCCUAUCCUUAGUGCCUUGUACAUAUGUUGGAAUAAGGGUCUGCACUGGGGUCACUUAAUGAUCACCCGAUACAUCUCCUAGUACCUUGUACAGUUGAUUUUGCAACACUGUCACUUUGAUUUAGAGCAGAUUUUGCACAUUUCCUGACAAAGUAGAAAUGCUCCCUUUGUUGCACUCAAAUAUGUUUUUGUUACAAAUGACAAAUAAGUGAUUGAAAAAAAAUGAUACAGUUGAAAAGUGCAUUUACCCCAAAGAGUCAUACGCCUCCCACAUCCAUCGUAUGUUAUUCCCUUGCAAAGAACUGGGCAUCUGCUUGAGCAUACUUGCCUUAAAUGAAACAAUGAACUUUUCUACGUAUAACCCGCGGAGAAUAGCAGUGGAUACGCUCAGCUGGUUAAAAUGUUCUCCUCUAUACAAUUACACUUUCUUUGCAAGUGGAUGGGAUGGUGGAAUUUGCCUAACCUACCAUAUAUAGGUCACACUGUUUUUUUUCUUAUCACUUUAUAUAUAUAUAUAUUACAAAAAACUUUGUACAGUGGAACUAGAAAAGAGUAAAGUGUAUAUACCAUGUUAGGAUAUGAACUGUACAGUGGUAUGCCAUUGUUUACAUAGAUCUUUAAUUUGUGUUUUGCCAAGACAUUGCUGUACCUUAGUAUUAAUUAUGAAAGAUGUCUGUACCUUUAUAGUUUCUAUUGACCUUUUUACCUACCGUAGUAAGCCAUAUAUAACUACAAUGUUAUGUAAUACCAGAGUUAGAACUGAUAAUUGCACUUGAGCUCAACAAAAUAUCAGGAUGUCAGAAGUAGUACUUGUUACUGAGGUUUUGAACACACCAGUUGUGCAUGGAAUGGUUUUGGCCAACAAAGGGGGACAUGCUCAAACAGUGUCAGCCAGUCUGAAGCCUCCUGCAGGAACUGGUGGGAAGCAGUCUCCCCUUCAUGUUGAUUUUCAUAAUGUUGUCUUUUUGUAAAAUGUUAGUUUUUUUUUUUUUUUUUUUUUACUCCUUUAUCAUGUUCAGACCAUCAUACAGCCUACACUAUGGAAUAUUGAAGGGAUUUUUUUUGUUAAACCCAUUUUGUUUAAUGUUAGCUUUGUGUUACUGGAGUCUAGUUAAGAGAUUGCUGCAUUAGAGUGCCUCUGGAAGUGCAGUUGUACAUCUGCCAUGAGCAGAGUCAGAGCUUCCCAGUGUUAGCCCCAUUACAUUUCCCUGUAAAUGUUUGUCAUGUAACAACUCAAUCCCAGUGGAAAGCAGAAAUACAUUUACAAUUUAGAAUUUU